CUCGACUAUCUCAACUUUACGCGCUUCUUCGUCCCGGUGUGUUUUGUUGGUUCGCUCGCUAGUUGUACUAUAAGUGCGCCUACUGUCUGCCUGCCCCAUGUGCUAUUAUAGUGCUUUUUUGCGAAAGUGACAUUCAGUGCCCCCAUGAGACCCCGGCGACAUGGCCAUCAACUUUUCGGCAUCGUUUGCCGCCUGUCUGGCAGCGGGCCUCAAGGUGCCUCGCCAGAUUAUGUACUGCAUUUCUCAAGAUACCGCCGCACCAUACGUUCUCUAUAAAGAUGGCAUGGACAGAGCUCAGAGCCAAUGGUGCCCUCAAGACGCCUACCCGCCCCCUCAACAACAACCAACAACAGUGGGAGCGGGCAGUCCGCAACAGGCUCUUGGCCCUACAGUCCCACUGGGUGUGGAGGCAGAUACGGUGCCCCCAAGAGACCAAAGUCUUCCGUCGCCCGCACCAUCACCUUACCCUGCCACUCAAGCGGAACAAAGAGAAGAAGAAAUACAGCCAGAUCAGCCCACAAUGGACAUGGAGCCUCGGCCUGCAUCACAGUGCUUUUCGACAGAUUUACAACAACAACAACAGCAGGCGUAUCAGCAGUAUGCCAGAGCACCCCCGCCGGCAGCUCCACCUCCUGUACCGCCUCAUAUGUUAGGAGCGGGGAGUUUCUCAGCUCUGCAGUACCUUAAACAACCUGGAGUGAUGUUAACAAGUUUAGGGCCAGAUACGAAGGCCAAAGCAUUCAUUUGUUCACUGGGCUGCAAUAAGUGA